CUAAGCUCAUGGCUUUCACGGUGCCUCCGUGAACGCGGUGGAUCGCUUGACCGCCGCUUGACGGGACUUUCUCGCCAUGUUUCGCUCGAGCUGUUUGUUGGUGCGGAAGAUGUUCUUGCCCUUCUACUCAAAGGAGGGUGGCCCUCCCAGGAUCCGUCAGCAAGUGGUGGGAACCAAAGGACGCAGGUUCUUCAAGUUGGUGGCAUGCAACCAGAAAGACAAGCAGAACGGAAAGCACAUGGAGGUGCUUGGAAGCUAUGCCCCCAAGGCCCGGUCCAAUGUGAAGGAAAUCCGCCUGCGCUUUUCUCGCGUGAAGUUCUGGCUGGGUGUGGGCGCGGCCUUUAAUCCCGGGACCAGGCAACUGCUAGCAUUGGCGGGCUUGAUCCCUACGCCACCGCCGUUGUUUGGCUGGCGAACCAAAGGGCACUACAACGAUCUGCAAGAGGUGCUGGAGAAGCGGCAAGCAGUGCAUGAGGCUGCCGUCAAGCAGUACCACAAGCAUUCGGGCGGAGUGCCUGGCAUCCACGUUCGAUGAUGCGCCAGUGGAAAACGUGACCGUCCGCUUCGAUGUGGAAGAUGUAACGGUUAGCCGCCAGUAAUCUGAAGAUACUGUGGAUGGGCCAGCGAAAUCC